UUCUGAUUUUGUUUUAAUCUGAAUUAUUUAUUUAGAGCAACACGUACCUUCACAAUGCCGGACAUAUCAAUUUUCCGAUCCUACUCAGGGUUUGCGAAAAUCGCUCAGCUGUUGUCCCUGACCGUGGCGAUGGCGGUAUUCUUCUCGCUGCACAAGAUCCACUAUUCCGAAAUAGACAAAACCUACUACGUGACUGCCAUCACCGUAUCUGCUUUCCUUCAAACUUCAUUCCUGCUCAUCGUUUAUGUCUUCGGCGGCAUAGCCAUCCAAAAGACACUUUAUGAAGUGAUAGUGAACAGUUUCUACUCGCUGGCGCUGCUGGUAUCAGCAAUUCUGCUGUUCACCAUGGCCGGUCGGGACGAUGGCUCCGUGGCCAGCGGCAUCUUCAACUUGUUUGCCAUGGUAGCCUACGGAGCGGACGUUUACUUCGCCCUGGUCAACAUGGGAGCAUUUAACAUUGAUUUGAGCAAUCUACCGACCAGUGGUGCUAACAGAGUCUAGGUAGAAAUAGUUAUAAAUAAUUAACUGUAUCCGGUGUCAAUUC